CAACCAACAACGGUCAACACCUUCAACCUUUUUUCCGACAGCAGCCUUGCAAUUCGGUAUCGGCUUCUCGCAGUCUGUGCAUCAUAUCGAGCUCGACAUACAGAUUAUAAUUGUUCAGAAAACAAUCAGACUGAGCACCCUGCCAGUACCGCGAGUAUCGCUAAGUUGGCCUUCGUCAUCUGGACGGACGGGAGGCCCAAAGUUGAAUAUGCCUACAACGAGGCAUGAAUACUAGCUCCGAGGUCGAUCAAGAUGCUGCAUCGAAUUCAGCUCACAACAAGCAAGCGGCAUGCCUCGAAUGUCGGCGAAGCAAAGUGAAAUGUACUCGAGACGCGAAUGCCGCGGUCUGUCGGAAAUGUCAACAAGCUGGCUUACAAUGUGUUACGCCCGAGUAUCAUGUAGGAAGAUACAAAGGUGUCAAGAAUAAACGGACGGGUUUGGAGAAGGCAAUUUAUCAGGUCGAACAGGCAAUCAAGCGCUCCAAAGAUGGAUCCACGGGUCUCGGUCUUGAUGUCGAAGCGGAUCUACGUCACUUGAUCUCUUCUCCUCAGCCUUCUCCUCUGCGAAGACAGUCUAGCUCGAACACCCCCAGUACUGGCAACCCACAACCAUUUGUACACCCACGCGCAAACUUGUUCACAGGAAAGGAAGAUGGCCCCUCACCAACCACUCAUGAAGUGUCACCAGCGGCUAUGGGUGAAAAGCCCGACGAGCUUGCCCUCAACAAUGCUGAUAACCCACUCCAGCUGCUGGCGAUGGCCUCCGUGCUGCCUGGUCAAUCGCCUUCCACGAACAUGUCCACAUCUCCCGCCGGCGCACUGGCACAUCAAGCAACCAACGAGUCCAACUUAGGAGAUGCCGACUUGCAACAGUUUUUUGGAUCGCUUAUGUCCAAUCUGGACAACUCGUCAGACCUCGACCCAAUCGAGCUGGGUCUGGUGACGGCAGAGGAAGCAGAUACUCUAUUCACGUAUUUCUAUGAAAGGCUGUCGCACACGAGAUGGGGCCUGGAUCCGACACUUCAUACGGCUGCAUUUGUGCGCUCAAGGUCGGCAUUCCUAUUCACGUCCAUUUUGGCCGCGUCUGCAUUGUUCCUGCCGAAAGCAGAAGCAUUGUCAAAAAGGCUAUCUAACCACAGAAAUCAUCUUGUACAGACGAUUAUCCAUAACAGAUACAGAUCAGUGGAGAUUGUUCUUGCGUUCAUGGUCAACAUUCCCUGGAUGACACCUGCAAAACACUGGGCUGAUGACGAGACAUGCGCAUACUUGUCCGCAGCACUUACCCUGGCUUUGGAUCUAUCAUUGAACAAGAUUGUGGUACCGUCUCCAACAAUUCGACCUGCAGGCUUCCUGGACCGAAUUGCCAAGGCCGAUUGUAUCGAUUCUGCAAGAGCUCUUCAAAUCGAUGGGUUUCCGAAUGUUGAUCCAUCAUCAGCUUGGGGACGGCGCCUUCUGAGGACUCGGGAGCGAGUGUAUCUGGCCUUGUUCGUACUUGACCGAGGCGUCUGCCUGGCGAGAGGACGACCGUACGCCGUGCCCAUUGGACCCUUGAUCGAAAGUUGCGACACCUGGCAUAUCUCGGACAUAGCAGAUCGGUGGGAUGGAAGUGUCAUCUCCGCCGCCGUGCUGAGACGUGAUCUGGUCGGCCUCAUCACUAGUGUCCGAGAGUUCUGCGAUGGAAGUCAAGGUGUCAAUGGUGGCUCGACAGCGGUGAAAUUUCUCAAGGACAAAAUUGACCGGUUCUUCGAGCAAUGGUUCGCAGUUUGGUCGCGCCAGAUCACACAAGGAGAUGGGCAAUUACCACCUUACGUUGAGAUCUUGGCUUCGCAUACGAAACUGUCCACUUACUGCAACGUUGUCAACCAUCCCACCGCAUCAAAUGAUGUGAAGCAGUUUUUCCGUGCAGCGGGCCUUACUUCAGCUAUGAACGUCAUGCGUGCUGCGGUGCAAGGCGAGAAUCGACUCAAAUCUAUGCCAAACAAUACUGUCAUCAUGGUGUCUUUUGCAGCAUGUUUUGCCUUGGCACUGGGUACCACCACCCUUGGGAACCGAGCAAUCCUGGCUCCCAAUUCAAGGUCUCUCAUCGAGGAAACGACUCAGGUGCUUGAGCGGAUUGGCAGUACACCGAGGCAUCGCAAGGGAUUGUCCGUCCUCUUCGCCAGGCAUAUCCGCCGAAUCCUGCAAAGUUCGCUCCUCCAGCCCACGGAGGAGAAUCAAGCAAAUGUGGCUGCAGUGCAUGAGCAAAUGGCGCAACAGGACCCAAAUAUCGACUAUACGUCUACCAAUGCCACAGCAAUGGGCAUGCCGAAUGUUCCUGCAGAGCCUUAUGUUUUUGACAUGACUGACGAUCAAAUCUUGGAAGCCAUCAACAAUGCCAGUGCAUCUCAAGAAUUGUUCCAGCUCGACGAAACAAUGUUCAUGGAUUGGCUGGACUGGCCCAAUGUCACUUGACCAGCUGGUGGGUAUGUUGCAGGCAUAAUCUUAUCACAGCCAGUUAGGCUUCCUGAGCAGAGGCGGCCACAGGCAGGGUCUCCGCAGAAUUCAUUCCCCUUGACAGGUCAACAAGCUUUUGAAGCUGUUCGAGGAAGACAAAGGUGAGGACGGUAUUCGGCCUGGAGCCUGUCAGUAUUGCACCAGAUGCAGUGCAAGUCGAUACUUACGCCAACCUCAGCCAGGCAGGAGUCCAGCCUUUGAAGAGGAAACGCGGCCCUUCAGUGCGCAACGAUUCCGAGAUGAUCUUGCUCACACUCUACACAUUGGGUCAGUUUUCGCUUGCAAUACCGGGAGAUAUAUGUCUUACUGGUUUUACGCCGUCAACUGUCACAGCGUUCUGUAUCCUGCUCUUCAAAACGUCUGCAGGGGCACAGGCGGUGGUGGCAACCGUGCCUGCGAGGAGAGAGGCCAUGAAGUGUGUAGGCAUCCCAUCUUUCAGGCCGAGGGAAUCGUUGGACAGUAAGGCGCGUUUUGCGGCGGAAUAACUGGAAGGAUAUGAGCGUCGAACGAUUUCGAGAGAUUUUGCAACUCACGUGGCGAUCUGCGACACGUUCAUUAUAACGCUGCGAACCACAUUCGGACCUAGACCUCUAGUAAAGGUCCGGACACCCUCGUCCCUACCGAUUCUAACCAGAGCGUCGAAAGCGUGCGCAUAUCCGAAUCUUUGCGCGGGAGAUUUUGCGCCAUCAGCACACAUUCUGACAAGGGCAACCUGGAGACGAACGUUAACGACUAAGGGGAUUCAAAGACAUUACAACACAAACCUCAGUGGGAUUCCCAAUAAGUCCAGCAAGUCCGCCCGCCGCACCGGCACAUGCGAUCUCCAUCGGACUAGAAAGGCGUUGUUGUCCUGUCCGUCGUCGAGCCUCACGCGCGAAAUAGUUGUACAGGCCAAACCUUGCGGUCGAAUACGUUGAUUGUCGGAGGACGGAAGCUGAAAUUCCCCACCACAACGAUGGUAUUCCUGUAGACGUUAGGUCUAUGACGAAGCUGGUCUGGGAAUGAAAACCCAUACCAUCACGACUUGCGAACUGGAUCAUUGUUCUCAGCAUGUUUUGUCUGGCUGCGAUGACCUGCAUUCGACUGCGAGAAAAGUCAGGCUUGAGAAUGAGCCAAGAGCGAAGCAUACUCACUAUUUUGUCUGGUCUAGUGGAUGAGCUGGACUUUUGUCAGUGUUGUCCGAUCUGGAAGCGCAAAAACAGGGAGUCAUACUGCAACAAGCCGCCAUCGCACCCGCAGCACCACUAUUCAUUGUCAGUACGUUCCAUGGUACAGCAUUCGAAACAUAGACUCACCCGAGCCAAAAUGGUUGUCCUUGAGAACCAGAUUUUGCCAUUGUGGGAGUAAAUGCUCUGCAAGCAAAGAAACCCCUGGACUUUGCUCUUGACUUUGAAGCCCUUAUGGGUAUAUUUGGGUCAACAACCGCGCCGAUUCGGCCAUAAGGUGUACAGUUGCUACCACGGCUAUAUCAUACGAUGGACCAAAGGAUGAAUACCGAUACUAGCAGUCCCAAGUGAACAUUCUUGGUUUGCAAGGCUAUUUCGACCGGCUGGCAGCCACAGGCUCAUCUACCUACUCGUCAUAUGUAUAUACGUUGAUAUAAGGCUCUUCAAGAAUAUUGGUCCCAC